UCUUCAGAUGGAGAGACGUUGAAGUAGCUCAAAGUACCAGGAAACACCUGUCUGAAACAAAAACCCUAAGGGUUUUGGCCAUCAAACCAGUGUUUCAACCCGUUAGAACUUUAGGGUUUUUCUUUAUUUUUGGGAGAUCUGAAACUGUUAGCAAUGUAUCAGAGAGAGGGAGUUGUAGUACGAGUACAAAUUAUAGGGUUUAGACCGAUUUAAAGUACCCGGUUUUGAUAUAUUUUUUUACUUGUUUUUCUCUAAGACUGAUAAGAGACAUGGUUCGUGAAGGUUUGAGGAGCGGGAAGAGGGAUAGUCUUGGAAACCCUAAAACCAUUUCCCCACGGUCACAGGAAGCUCAGGUUAGCAAUGGGGCUUUAUCUGUUUUAAUUCGUGGUACCUCUACAUCUAAGCUGUCCGAAGGAUGCGCAGCUAAAUUUAGAAAAACUACAGAUGUAGAAGAAUCCCUCACUGUAUUGGUAACUAUGAACGAGCAAUCCCAGGUCUUACAUAGCCAAGAAUCAAAUCGUGCAAGUGGUGUGACAGAAGACCCAUGGCUUGAGAAAUUGAGUGGUACCCUGAUUGCGGAAAAUGAAACAACAUCAGAUGGACAGGCGUCACCUGCUUCUGGAUCGGCAUCACUGCAGCAGGCACAGGUAGCAGGUGGGACUAAUCGAAAUAAACUUGCUGUAGAUGAUGACAUAGAUACACUCAUUUCUUGUUUGACUCGGACCAUUACUUUUCUAAAUGGUUGUAUGGCGCCUGCAUAUGGGGACAAGACCCCAAUCUGUGUUGCAUAUUGGCUUAGAACUGCAAACGGAGCAGCUGAACGUUCACGAAUGUGGGCUUCAGAGAUGCAAGCAGCUUUGGAUGCGGCUCGACAGGAAAUUACCUCUUUGUGUAGGAGUGUAAAGGAGGUGCACGCAGAGACAUCCGGGACACGGGUGAAAGAGGCAGGCCCUCAAGUAAAGACAACUGAAGAUGAUUCAUCGAAGUUACAAGCCAAGGUUAAGGUGCUGGGCUCUCAAACAGAGACGGCUCGAGGAAAGGCAUCAAGGGUUGAGUACAAGGUUAGGGAGAUGGAUUCUCAGAUACAGGCAGCAAACUUAAAGACAUUUAGGGCGGAUGUAAGAAAGGCAGCACAAUUUCAGGCAUCGAGGGCAGAAGCCCAGGUUAACAAGUUAUGCUUACAUUUAGCGGAGGCCAGGGCAGAGGCAUGGAGGGCAGAUGCCAAGGCCAAUGAAUUACGCUCUCACCUAAAGGCAGCGCGGGCAGAUCUGUCAAGGACACGGGCUGAGGCUAAGGAUGCACAUCGUCAAGCAGAGGCAGCGCAAAUAGAAGCAUCGAGCGCGAAUGCGAAGGUUGAGGAGGCAUAUAGUCAGCUAGAGUUAGCGCAAGCAGAGGUCCUAAUGAUGCAAAGCAAGGUUGAAAAGGCAUGUUUUGAGACGGCAGCACAGGCAGAGGCCUUGGGGGCAAAGUUGGCAGUUAUGAGAGCGCGUAUUGAGAUAGAAGCAACAAGAGCAGAAGUGUUGAGAUCACAAGCUGAGGUUAAGGAGGCACAUUGUCAGAUUGAGGCAGCGCAAGCAGAUGCAUUGAGUGCUCGUGCUGAGGUUAAGGAUUUGCAGUGUCAAAUGGAGGCAAUGCAAGCAGAGGCACUGACCAUGCAGGCUAAGGUUGAUCGGCUUAUGAGGGAGCUGGAGACUACAAAGAAGCAGACAAUGCAGGUCAGUUCUACAGACCACCGCAACGUCAUUGCUGAACUCAAGGGUGAGAACAAAGCGUUGCGCUAUGCCUUUGAAAGCUCGCUCGGUAAAUUGAAGACCAGUUCAAGGUAUAAGAUGCUUUCAUUGAGGAAUACAACCAGCUGUAGUGAAACAAGCACCUCAUCAAAGUGAGGAAGACAUUCGAUCUUCAUCUUUGCCUUCAAGUGACGCCUAAGUGUUUGGCCCUUCACUGCAAUUUUACCUAACCUGCAUUAAGUUCUCGAUUGCUCGAGUAUCAGGGUUAACUCCAGAAUAUGGGGUAGUCGAGAGAAGGAUACCGAGUUAUCUUCAGUGGGAAGACAAUGGCAUUGUAUUACUCUGGUCUUUUCGUACAACUGUUUAGAAAGUCUUGUUUAUCAAUGAAAUAUUGUUCUUCAAUUGCA